CACAGAAUCAUUCUCUUCUUUUGUUCUCUAGCUUCUACUUCCAGAAUUUUAAAAAUAAUUUCUCCGCUGCAAUAUCUUGAUGAGGAGAAGGAUGAAAACCUGGAGAUCUAUCCUGGUCUUAAUAUCAACACUGGAAUUAUCUUUAGGAGGACUUGAUGAUUUCGGAGGAGAUUACGGAGAAUAUAUGAACCUCUUGAAAGGGAAUUCAAUGUUGGAAGAUUUUGGAACUCCCGGCGUGGGAGGAGGGACGGAUGAUAUUGAAAAAGGACAGGGUCGGCAGGAAUCUGUUAUGGGUGGAGGAGAGUUCUGGGCCGGAGCUGGAUCUAUGGAUCCAUCAGGAUCAAAACUUACAAGAAAAGAACCAGAAUUUUCUGGUUACGGGAGAGGUUUAAAGAGUAAAGAGAAAGGAGAUGUUCAUAUUCACUUCGACGUUAACGUUCUUGUAAACGAAGCCGGGAAACCAAAGAUUGAUCCUGUUGUCCGGGUUUAUAAAGACAAGAAGAAUAAGUUUGAGGGACUGCUUGGGGAGCAAGAACGGACUAGACAGGUUUCCGGCUCCGGAGACGGAAAACAACCGGAGAUGUUUGACUGGAAGAAAAUGCAGGGUCAGGCCUGGCCUGGAGCAGGAACUGGAGCUGGAGCAGCUGGAACAGAUGGAGGGAGCACUACUGGUUGGGGAGGCAAGGAUGGAGGUGGAGGAGGACAGAGUGGAGGACAGGACUCAGGACAAAGCUCUUAUCCUCCCCCUCCUUCUCCUCAGGCUCCGGCACCGGCUCCAGCUCCUAACGGAGAUUCUCGACAAGGUAGAGAGGUGGGAAAGGAAUCCCUUUCUAAGCAAAUGGUUGUAAUCCUGAACCCAGAGCUAGAAGUUUUCCAUUCUAUUUCAAACAAACUAGACAAGGCUGUUGAUUCCAAGAAUAGGAGCGCUGUAGAGAAUAUUCUAGAAUACCUGGAUAAAAUGGGAGAAAAACAAGCUUCAGAGAAGCCUGAUAAAUACGGAGCUCUGACCCGGAGGGAGGUUGAGGAGGAGGAGGAGGAGAAGAACCGGGUUCGAGAGUGCGGAGAAGUUAUUUUGCAGGAUCUAACCGACCAAGAUCCAUGGGUUACAACUAAAGGUUUAGGGGCAAAGAUGCAGAGUUUAAGUUUAACAGGAACUUCAGAGCUAUCCAUGUGCAGCACAACACACAAGGGUUUUAAUAUUUGCUCCGAGUACUUGAAUGCAACCUUAGCGAUGAACUCAGGAACAAAUAUGCCUUUCAGGGGAAUGGUUACUGCUUCAUUUCUCAAACCUUCCAUAAAUGUUAGAGUAUCUAUGACUGAGGAUGGAUGUAAGAUAUCAUCCUUGAAGCUGGAGUCGGAGAGUGUUUCCUUUGCUCCGUCCUAUGAUUCAUCCGUUCCCAUCAAUCCUUGGAGCCAGGUCAGUUUGAGCGGAUAUCUUGUAUCUAGAGUUAAGAAAAUCAUGGUUCCUCAGUUAGAACGCUCUCUACUAGCAGAGUUCAAAGAGAUAAAUUGAUCCACCUGAACCUAGUCCUCCUACUUAAUAGUUUAAUUCAAUUUUCCUUUGUUAUUCUAAAUCCAUAAAAUAACCAUGUUUUCUCAAUGUUUCAAUAAAAUUGAUAAAAUUUCUAGUAAUAAUUUCAAUAAACUUUUUAAAUGUAAAGUAGAGACAUGUCUGAUUCUAAA